UUAUCCCGUUUAUAUGGUACGGUGACUGGCUGUACAGCUAAAGCAGUGCGAUCAUGGCGGAGCGCGUUCAGCAACCCCCAGCUAAACGGCUCUGCUGCCGACCCGGCUAUAAUCCGGCGUGCAGACAGGGACAGAGGGCUGGUGGAGCCUUAUGUGGCGGUCAGGGUACUGCCCAAGGGGGGUCUGGCAAAACUCAGAGCCCGGAGUCCCUGCUGGACAUCGCUGCGAGGAAAGUAGCAGAGAAGUGGCCGUUUCAGAGGGUGGAGGAGCGCUUUGAAAGGAUUCCGGAGCCCGUCCAGAGGAGGAUCGUGUACUGGUCAUUCCCCAGGAGCGAACGGGAGAUCUGCAUGUAUUCGUCCUUCAACACGGGCGGGGAGGAGAGUGGAGCAGCCGGGGAAAACAGCGACGAGACUCGGUUGCCUUUCCGACGGGGUAUCGCUUUGCUUGAAAGUGGCUGCGUAGACAACGUACUGCAAGUCGGCUUCCACCUCAGCGGCACGGUGACCGAGCCGGCGUCGGCCUCCGAACCCGAGACGGUGUGCAGCGUGGCCAUCAGCUUCGACCGCUGCAAGAUCACCUCGGUGACGUGCGGCUGUGGCAACAAGGACAUCUUCUACUGCGCGCACGUGGUGGCCCUGUCGCUGUACCGCAUCCGGCAGCCGGACCGCGUCAAGCUGCACCUGCCCAUUUCAGAGACGCUCUUUCAGAUGAGCCGGGACCAGCUGCAGAAGUUCGUUCAGUAUUUGAUCACCGUGCACCAUACCCAGGUGCUGCCCACCGCCCAGAAGCUGGCCGAUGAAAUCCUCUCACAGAAUUCGGAGAUCAAUCAAGUGCACGGUGCCCCGGACCCCACGGCAGGAGCCAGUGUAGACGACGAGAACUGCUGGCACCUGGAUGAGGAGCAGGUCCAGGAGCAGGUCAAGCUCUUCCUUUCACAAGGAGGGUACCAUGGUUCGGGCAAGCAGCUCAACCUCCUUUUUGCCAAGGUUCGGGAGAUGCUGAAGAUGCGUGACUCCAACGGCGCGCGCAUGCUAACCCUCAUCACGGAGCAGUUUAUGGCCGACCCUCGGCUCUCCUUAUGGAGGCAGCAGGGUACCAUCAUGACUGACAAGUACCGGCAGCUCUGGGACGAGCUCGGCGCCCUGUGGAUGUGCAUAGUCCUCAACCCGCACAGCAAGCCGGAGCAGAAGGCCUGCUGGCUUAGGCAGCUCAAGAAGUGGAACAGUGUGGACGUGUGCCCCUGGGAGGAUGGUAACCAUGGAAACGAGCUGCCCAAUUUAACCAACUCCUUGCCUCAGGGCCCCCAUGCAAACCAAGAUUUAGCCAACAGACCCCACCGGACGGUUUUCACCCGGGCCAUCGAAGCGUGCGACCUCCACUGGCAGGACAGUCACUUGCAGCACAUCAUCAGCAGCGACCUCUACACCAACUACUGUUACCAUGACGACACUGAAAGCUCUCUCUUUGACUCGCGCGGCUGGCCGAUGUGGCACGAGCACGUCCCCACGGCCUGUGCUCGCGUGGAUGCCCUGCGCUCCCAUGGCUACCCUCGGGAGGCACUGCGGCUGGCCAUCGCCAUCGUCAACACGCUGCGCCGGCAGCAGCAGAGGCAGCUGGAGCUUUUCCGACAGCACAAGAAAGAGCUACUGCACAAAGGUCUCACCUCCAUUACGAACACCGAGGGCUGGGUGGGCCACCCGCUGGACCCCAUCGGGACCCUCUUCAGCACGCUGACGGAGACGGAGACGGGCUGGGCCGCCGACGACGGCUCUUCGGGGUUCCUGGACCUCUCAGGUAGUCAGGGCCCGGCGAAGUGCUCGGACCCGCAGCCGUGUCAGCCGGCGCGGCUGCUGGAGGACGGCGAGUCGUACCUGACGCUGGCGGUGGAGAUGGCGCUGCUGGGCCUGGGCCAGCAGAGGAGCAUGCCGGAUGGCCUCUACGCCCAGGAGAAGCUCUGUCGCAACGAGGAGCAGCUCAUCUCGCGCCUCCAGGAGGUGGAACUCAACGACUCGCUCAUCAAGAUCUUCCGCAAGCAGGCCGUCUUCCUGCUGGAAGGUGGGCCUUACAGUGGUCUUGGGGAGACUGUUUACAGAGAGAGCGUUCCGAUGCACACGUUUGCCAAGUACCUUUUCACCUCCCUGCUACCUCACGACGCCGAACUCGCAUAUAAGAUUGGACUGAGAGCGAUGCGGCUGCCGGUGCUGGAGUCCACGGCCCCCACGGGGGACCUCUCCCGGCCCCAUAAUAUGGUGUCUGUCGUCCCCAACCGCUACCCGCGCUGGUUCACCCUGAGCCACAUCGAGUCUCAGCAGUGUGAGCUGGCCUCCACCAUGCUGACCGCGGCCAAAGGUGACGGACGGCGGCUGGAAACGGUGUUGGAGUCCAUCCAGAAAAACAUCCACUCCUCGUCGCACAUCUUCAAGCUGGCCCAGGAUGCCUUCAAGAUCGCCACGCUCAUGGACAGCCUGCCGGACAUCACCCUCCUCAAAGUGUCCCUGGAGCUGGGCCUUCAGGUGAUGAGGAUGACACUGUCGACGCUGAACUGGCGACGCCGAGAAAUGGUGCGGUGGUUAGUCACCUGUGCCACCGAAGUAGGAGUGUAUGCCCUGGACAGCAUCAUGCAGGGCUGGUUCACGCUCUUCACCCCCACGGAGGCCACCAGCAUUGUAGCCACCACAGUGAUGUCCAGCAGCACCAUAGUCAGGCUGCACCUGGAGUGCCACCAGCAAGACAACCUGGCGAGCAGCGCGCGGACGCUGGCACUGCAGUGCGCCAUGAAGGACCCGCAGAACUGCGCCCUGUCCGCCCUCACGCUCUGCGAGAAGGACCACAUCGCCUUCGAGACGGCCUACCAGAUAGUGCUGGACGCCGCCGCUACGGGCAUGAGCUACACGCAGCUCUUCACCAUCGCUCGCUACAUGGAGCACCGUGGCUACCCUCUGCGGGCCUACAAGCUGGCCACGCUAGCCAUGACCCACCUGAACCUCAGCUACAACCAGGACACGCACCCGGCCAUCAACGACGUGCUCUGGGCCUGCGUCCUGAGCCACUCGCUGGGCAAGAAUGAGCUGGCCUCCAUCAUCCCCCUGGUGGUCAAGAGCGUGAAGUGCGCCACCGUGCUUUCGGACAUCCUGCGGCGAUGCACGCUGACCACCCCGGGGGUGGUGACUCUGCACAGCCGCAGGAACUCUGGGAAACUGAUGUCGCUGGACAAGGCGCCGCUCAGGCAGCUGCUGGACGCCACCAUCGGGGCCUACAUCAACACCACGCACUCGCGUCUCACCCACAUAAGCCCGCGGCACUACAGCGAGUUCAUCGAGUUCCUCAGCAAGGCCAGAGAGACUUUCCUCAUGGCCCACGACGGACACAUCCAGUUCACGCAGUUCAUCGACAACCUGAAGCAGAUCUACAAAGGCAAAAAGAAGCUGAUGAUGCUGGUUCGAGAGCGCUUUGGCUGACGGAGCACCCUGGCGGCCCCCGUUUUUUUUCCGUUUUCUCUUUGUUUUUUGUUUUUGUUUUUCUCGAGCCUGCCUUUGUACCCCUUUUGACUUAAAAUGGACAUAUAAGGAAAAUAAAGAUGGGGAACUUUACAAAGGAGAAAACUUCACAGAGCCACACCGGUAUUACGUAUGUGUAUAGAACCAUUUGUUUCGCAAAAGAAAAGAAAAAAAAACGGUCAUGUUGUGAAA